AUGGACAUCGUCGGUUUCUCCAUAACUGUCUUCCGCGAGACCUACAACCUUGCCCUCUUCGUCUAUGAAGUAGUGCAGGAUGUCCGCGAAUACGAUAGCGACAAAGACCAUAUCAGGCAAAAACUCCAGCACGAGAUAUUCUUUCUCGACGCCUUCAAUAAAUUCUUCCUCGACGCAGAAUCGGGCGGUAUCAUCCACGACCCAAACCUUCCCGCCGCAUACCCACUCCGUAUCUUGACCAUCCUACAGAACUUGCGGGACUGCCUAGGGGCGUAUAAUAAACUAGCGCUGAAGCACUAUCCGCCGUAUCAACGACUGAUACUUGAUGGCGAUGGUGUGGAGGAGCAUAGUGGCGCUGAUGGGCCAUCGGCGCUAGGGGAUUCUAGCAAGAAAGAGAGAGAUUUUGAUUUUGAUAAGACGGGUUUCAGAGCGAAAGUGAGGAGCUUGAGUCUGCGUGCGUGGGAUUGGUCGUUGUUUGACAAGAGAAAACUUGAAGAGGUGGUUACACAAUUCAGAGAAUGGUGCGAGAAGUUAAAAGAGAUCAUGCAGUUCUCCAUGCUCUUUGCUAUCCGUUUUAAAGAUCCUGCGGCGCUGAAGGACUUCCAGAACAGCGAUACGGCAAAGAAAACCGGUCUCGAGCAUGUGGCUCAGCGGCAGUUUUUGAACAGGUUCAAGACAAUCGAAGAAGCAUCGCCAUUGAAAGGCAAACUUAUCGAAACUCCGGGCAGCACCAAGGGUUCAUCCACGAAGCUUAUGCGCUUGGUUGCCGGGAGUGAACAGCCAUAUGGGACGCCUGUUGCGGUCGAAUACAAAGCAUAUGGCGCACCACCAGCCACUGACGAUACAACGCGGCAGAACUUACUCAAAGUAAAGUCAAACAUCAGAAUGUUAGCGACAGUACUUCUAAAUUCUGCCUUCGUGGAAGGGGAAGGUCGGACUCCAAGUGCCUCUUCUUUCAAUGCACCGGUUUUGAACGCAUUCCAAUGUAUCGGAUAUAUCGACGAGCCUGAAAAUAGUCGCAUGGCGUUUGUGUUCAGGCUCCCACCACAAGCAGCAAACCUCGGGGGUCUGCAGACACUGCACGCAUUUAUAGAAGAGGUAGACCCACGCAAGAAAAAACCCGUGAACAUUCUCUCCCUCGAACAAAGAUUUGCCAUCGCCCAUAACCUCUGUAAGACGGUUCUGAAUCUACACGGCUCCGGAUGGGUGCACAAAAGUAUUCGAAGCACGAAUGUAAUAUUGCUUCCUGGGCCACCUCCUAAUUUGAAGCUCGUACCUUAUGUAACUGGGUUCGAAUUCUCACGCCCCGUUAUGGCCGCCACGGAGGUUGGCUUCGACUUUGAUCUUGAUCGCAACCUCUACCGUCACCCCUCAAGGCAAGGAUAUCCAACGGCUACCUUUACCAAACUACACGACCUAUACGCGCUCGGCGUGGUACUCCUGGAAAUCGGUACAUGGAAGACAGUUACGGGGCGACUGAGGCCGGGAUUUGAACAAGCAAAGAAGUUUGGAAAGGUUCCGUCGCCAGAGUAUGUUAGGCAAACUCUUAUCAAGAUUGCAAAUGACGAGCUGCCGCCUGUCAUGGGGGGAAGGUAUGCGAAAGCGGUGGUGAAAUGUUUGGAGGGUGAUUUUGGGGUCGUGGGAGUUGAUGCACAGGUGAGAGAAUUGGGGCUGGCGUUUAGGGAGCAAGUGGUAGAUGUGAUGGUAGAUGGGCUGAAGCUGUGA